ACGUUGCGGUCCGCAUAGCAGAAAUGCAUAACAAAUUUUUUUGGCUCAAAGUUUUGAGUGCAGCCAGAUAGUAUUAAAGAAAUAUUUAAAAGCGACGCGCCGUGCAGCCAAGACUUUAACGACAUAAUAUCAUAAUAACAUCAAUACUAUUUCCCAACUUCAAUGGCAAUCGUGCGGCAGAUUUUGUGAUGCGCACAGAGCGCAACUUUUGAGCGCAAAGAAAAAGGCCAAAAAAAAAUAUUGCAAAUGAAAAGUUGAAGAAAAUCGAAUACACAAGUGAAAAUUUUAAAUAAUUGCUAUUGAGGCAACUGCUCGAGGUUAUUGCCAGCAAUAUGCAAUAAUGGAUUCGUUGCCAGUGACCAGUGGUCCGAGCACGUGCCGGGAUCAGCUAACGUUGCAGUCGCUUCGCUCGUCUCGCGGCUCCAGUUCCAAUUCCAAUUUACGGCUCAGCCGUUCCCCCUCAGCCACCAGAAGCAGUGAGCAAAUGUCCAGGGAGCGCAUCGGCGACUCAACGCCAGCAGCAAUAGCAACGCCAACCACGACGACAACAGCAACAACAGCAGGAGCAGCGGCAGCAGCAGCAGCGUCAGCAGGAGCAACGUCGACAACAGCCAACAAUAGCAAUUCGUCGGCCUCGUCCAGCACAGUGGCAGCUGCACAGGCGGCUGUCUAUAGCGGCGGCAACACGGUGACCGGCAGCCUGGGUAGCAGCGGGGGCGUGGCGGUGCGCGGCUUUCGCAGCCACAGCCCCACGCACCGGCGUCGCAGUCGCGAACGUCAGCGACGCACACAUGGCUCCGAUCAGGGCGGUCUGCUCGCCUACAGCGGCAUCAUCGGUGGCGAUAUGACGGACUUUGGUGGUGGAGUUGGUGGCAUCGGUAUCGUUGGCGGUGGUGGUGGCGGCGGUGGCGGUGGCAGCGCCGGCACUGGCAGCGGUCUGGAGGAUUCACGUUUAUCGGGCAACGAGGACUAUUACUUGUCGAUCGUCUCCGAUGAAUUCGAUGGCAGCAAGAAGCUGCAUCAUCGACGCACUCACGAGCGCAGCUCCAGUGUGCAGGCCAUCGACCGCCUGAACACGAAGAUACAGUGCACCAAGGAGUCCAUCAGACAGGAGCAGACUGCCCGGGAUGACAAUGUCAACGAGUAUCUCAAACUCGCUGCCAGCGCCGACAAACAACAAUUGCAGCGCAUCAAGGCGGUGUUCGAGAAGAAGAACCAGAAGAGCGCACACAGCAUCUCGCAGCUGCAAAAGAAACUGGACAACUAUACGAAGAGGGCCAAGGAUCUGCAGAAUCAUCAAUAUCAGACGAAGAGUCAGCACCGGCAGCCGCGCGAAGUGUUGCGCGACGUUGGCCAGGGACUCCGCAAUGUGGGCGGCAAUAUACGUGACGGCAUCACUGGGUUCUCCGGUUCGGUGAUGUCCAAGCCGCGCGAAUUUGCGCAUCUCAUCAAGAACAAAUUUGGCAGUGCGGACAACAUAAAUCAGAUUAGCGAGGCCGAGCUGCAGGGCAUGCAGGCAAAUGCAGAUGCUUUGCAAGCGGCUGGUGAGCGGUUGCCGCAGCUGCCUGGCAUUGGCAACUCAACUGGCUCUGGCUGUGGCACCAACAACAACAACAACACCGGUGGUGGCAGCGGCACGGGCAAAUUCAACAGCGACAACGGCAGCGAGUGCAGCAGCGUCACCAGCGAAAGCAUACCAGCGGGAUCGGGAAAGAGUCAGUCCGGUGCCAGUCAGUACCACAUUGUGCUCAAGUCGCUGUUAACGGAACUGGCCGAGCGCAAGGCCGAAAACGAGAAGCUUAAGGAGCGAAUCGAACGCCUUGAGACGAGCCAAAAGGAGUUCAACAACUUGACCUCCACGCUCGAAGGCGAACGCUUUCGGGCCGAGGGACUGGAGGAGCAGAUUAAUGACUUGACGGAAUUGCAUCAGAAUGAAAUCGAGAAUCUGAAGCAAACAAUUGCUGACAUGGAAGAGAAAGUACAAUACCAAAGCGAUGAAAGACUACGUGACGUCAACGAGGUGCUAGAGAAUUGUCAAACAAGGAUAUCGAAAAUGGAGCACAUGUCACAGCAGCAAUAUGUCACCGUCGAGGGCAUUGAUAACUCGAAUGCUCGCGCCCUGGUUGUGAAACUCAUCAAUGUGGUGUUAACGAUAUUGCAAGUGGUGCUGCUGUUGGUUGCCACCGCUGCUGGCAUCAUAAUGCCCUUUCUCAAAACGAGGGUUCGUGUGCUGACUACAUUUCUGACGAUUUGUUUUAUAAUCUUUGUGAUACGCCAGUGGCCGGAUGUGCAGGAUAUAGGCGCCGGGCUGGUGCGGCAUCUCAAACAGUCGCUGGUGGUCAAGUGAAGAGCCUCUCAUGUUAAAAAUUCGUAGACUCUUAAUGUUAAUAGUAUUAAGUUGAAAAGUGCAUAUUUUGUAUAUAGCUUAUAAAUACACAAACGUAAUAGUUUAACAUUUAAUUAGUUACAAGAUAAAACGCGCAUCACAUUAACGACUCACAUAUACAUUAUACAUAUACAUAUAGAUACACGCAUAAUUGCGAGAUGCAUACAAGUUGUACAAACAAACAAAACUGAAAACGAUAUCGCACACAUCUAAACACACUCACACUCAAAUACACAUAUAAAUAUACAUUAAUGUAUACAUCUAUAUAGCGAAAUUCGAUAUAAAAGCUCUGCUAAAGGUUUAGUCUAAUAACUGCAAUGCUGACAUGUUUCUGUGCAUUACUCAAUACUAUAAAAUACUAUGUAUAUCUAAAUACUAUAUAUGAACUAUAUUUAUAGUUAUCGUAUACAUUAAAAUCGUUUGUAUUUGUACAAAACCAAAACUUUAUUUGCAUUUCAUUUUGGUUUCUCAAAUUGCAUUUGUAGCAACAGUGUAGCAAUUAUUAUUGUGGCCUAUACAAGUCAACUAAACCGAUUAAAAAGCCUACAUUUACAAGUACAAGGGAAUAAGUAUAUUAAAAAUGAUUUCAACAGCUGUAAAAAAUAGAUAAAAAUGAUUAAAUAAAUAGCUAUUUAUGUUAAAAUGUUUACUAUUUAUGUUAAUAUGUGACUUGCUACUGUAAUGAAUCAACUUUACUUAAACAACUUGUGUACGUUCUUAAUGGGCUCCUGGCUAAACAUGAUAUAUUUUCCAAUAAACUUGAUUCGCAAUUUGAAGCUUA